AUGAUGACGGCACCCGUGGAGGAAGAGAACAAGCGAUUGCGACGUGCACUGGCGCAGGCAGAGCGAGAAGCCCAGGAAGCAGACGAAGAUGCGCAGCGGUUUGAACGGGCCAUGCGUCAGGCCAAGCAGCAGCUGAAGGAGUUCCAGGCACAGCAACGGCACACCGAGGAUGCUUUGAGGAAAGAGCUGGAGGAGACGAAAGCAACGGCGGAGAAGCAAAAGCAGGAGCUCCGCGUGUGCCACGCACGCAUUGACUUGCUGGAGGAGCGCAUCUUCGAGGCCAACCAAGCCGUGGAGCGGGCCGAGCAGGACGCCACAGAGGCGGACCAAGAUGCCGUCAUGUUCGAGAAACACGCGCGGCUGCACGAAGCAAAGUGCCACGAGGCCACACGCGAGAUUGAGCGCCUGACGCAGCAAGUGCUUAGAUCCGCUGUGCCGACGUCUCAACGCACGCGCCGGCUGUCACCCAGCACAACAGCACGCGGUGGUGGUGGUGGUGUGUUGGGUGGUGGGAAGAAGAAGACUGGCAAGGAAGCCAUGCUGGCAUGGUGCCAACGCAUCACGCAACCAUACAAGGAUGUGGAUAUCACCAACUUCAGCUCGUCGUUUGCAGACGGGAUGGCGUUCAUCACCAUGAUGCACCACUACUUUCCAUCCGCCAUUGACUUGUCAAAGCACUCCCCCUCCACCCAGCGCGAAAACUUUGAAAAGGCAUUCAAGGUUGCGGACGAGCGUGGCGGUGUGUAUCCGCUGCUGGACGUGGAGGAUAUGGUCGCCAUGGCCCGACCCGAUGCCCUCAGCGUCAUGACAUAUGUCAGCCAACUUCACAAGCAGCUUGCAAAGCGCGGCUGA